AGGAGGAGCAAAACAAAACAUGGUUAGUGCCAAGAGACUUUCAAAGAUGGCAAAGAAGUGGCAGAAAAUAGCGGCCAUCCAGAGGAAGAGGCUCACCCGGACCACGACAGUGGCGAAAGGAGCAGCCAAUGACGAGUACUGCGCCACAUCGCCAUCAGUGGCAAUGAAGGACCACUGUGUUGUGUACACCGCUGACAGGGUGUGGUUCGAGGUGCCGCUAGCAUACCUUGGGACAUUGAUCUUCUGCGAGCUGCUGACGAUGUCCGAGGAGGAGUUCGGCUUUGCAGGCGGCGAUGACAGGAGGAUCAUGCUGCCCUGCAAUGCCGCUGUCAUGGAAUACACCGUGUGCUUGCUCCAGAGAGAUGCCUCCACGGAAGUCGUGAAGGCAUUCAUGAGCUCUGUCGCAAAGCCGUGCAGUUGGUGCUUUGGAAUACAAAGCGGGGGGAAACCCUUUUUCGGUAAGGCAGUGUAGUGGG